AUGAAGAACACUUCCAUAUUGCUUGGCCUUGUCGCCAUUGUGCCAGUCCUGGCCAUUCCUCCUCCUGAUUUUGGUUUUCCUGAGGCUCCUAAUCAUACGGAGCUCUCAAUCACGUAUCGGGAUAAUGGCAAUACCAUUGUUGUACAGGAGGCCGACUUGUUUGGCGUUGGCAUUGCCGAUGAAGAGCCGAUUGUCGCCGUUGAGACGGCGAACUACGAAUCAAUUUCGUCUUAUAAUGGCUCUUAUGUCCUGCUCAUGGUCGAUCCCGAUGCUAGAUUUCCGGAGAAUCCUACGCUCAGAUUCAUCCUUCACUGGCUUCAAACCAAUGUGACAGCUGGUCCCGUCGGCGCAGAUGGAACGAGUCCGCUGAUCAACAAUACUGCUGCACGAGUUCCCUAUCGUGGUCCCGGCCCACCAACAAACUCUUCUGCACAUCGAUAUAUCUUCUACGCCUUCCAGCAGCACGACAACUUCACCUUUCCGGCCGCAUUCGAAUCGUUCAACGCCACAAACCGCGCAAUGUUCAACCUGACCGCCUUCCUCGACGAGUCAAACCUGGGACAAGUCCCCGCAGCAGCUCAGUAUUUCUUCGCAAGCAACAUGACCGGCGUGCCACAGGACUUUUCCGCAGCUGCUGGAGGCACUUUCCCUGGUGGAAAUGGCCAGAUGAUUACUGAAGGUCCGGGCCCAGCCAUCACUGCAUCAGCAACCACAACUGGUUCUGGUUCGGCUGCAGCGACUUCUGGCUCAGGCUCGGGAACUGCAUCUGCCACGGGUUCUGCUGCUUCAGCAUCUGGUUCCAACGCUGCCUCAGUUGUAGACGCAAGCACUGGUAGCUUGUUUGUUGUGCUGCUCGCUUUCUUGAACUUGUUCUAG